AUGAUGAUGAUGGUGGUGGUGUUUGUGGUGGCGGUGGCGGUGGUACUGCUGCUCAAGAUGGGGUUCAUGAUGCUGCUGUUGCUGAACACAAGACGCCAGUCGACUACGAAGGUCAAGAUCCCUGGCGGGGAAAGACGACAGUCACGGGCCCUGAAGUCGGAAGAGAUCAAUAAAUUCGACAAAGACGUGAAAGAGCUAUUUCGUGUUUUUGACAAGGACGGUGACGGAACGAUCUCUACAGAGGAGAUGGGCAAAGCUCUCAAGACCCUGGGCGUGCCCUUGACCUACCAGGAACUUCGGAUGGCCGCCAAGUCCAUAGACAAAGAUAGUACGUGUAUAAUAUGUGUGAAAGAAACUUGUAACACCGAAAACGGUAAGAUAGACUUCAGUGAGUUCCGGGGGUUUAUCCGGAAGCAGUUCAGGCAGAAGGACAUCGAGACGCAUGCGUGGGAGACUUUCCGGUUAUUUGAUAAAGAUGGAAACGGCUCCAUAGACCGGAAGGAGCUAACACACGCCAUGAAGUCGCUAGGGGAGGAGUGUACAGAAGAGGAUAUCAGCGAGAUGUUGAACGACGCAGACGCUGACGGUGACGGAAAAAUCAACUUUGACGGUAGUAUUUAG